UGUUUUAUGUUAUGUCAAAAGAGUAAAAAUAAUUUAAUUAAGUUUAUUAAUUAAUUAUCUGCUGGUGAAAAGUGAAACAAAAUCAGAGACUGAUGCACGAAAAUGACAAAAAAUGUUGGUUCCUACAAGAAAAUUAAGUCGAAUAGUUCUAGUACUAAUAUCAUUCACCAUUUUAUAUAUUUUUGGAGUGCAUAAUCAUUUAUUUGAAAUCAAUUUUUACGAAGAUUUUCAUUAUCCUUAUGACGGAAAUAUUGAACCACUAGUGGAACAACUUAAAAAUAAUUUAACACCCGAUGUACCACCUAUAAAUUCUUAUAAUUUCAAAUACUACAGAUCCUGUGCUUAUAAGUGUAACAAUGUAAAAAAAUUAAAACUUGUUUAUAUAAUUAAAAGUGCUCCAGAAAAUAUUAAUAAAAGAAUAGGAAUUCGACAAACUUGGGGCUAUGAGAAGAGAUUUUCCGAUGUAGAAAUUAGAACUGUGUUUUUAGUAGGAGAGACGAAGACUAAGGUAUUAGAGCAAUCUUUAGAUGAAGAAUACCGAAAAUUUACCGACGUUAUUAGAGCAAAUUUUACUGAUAGUUAUUACAAUAAUACUUUAAAAACCAUGAUGGGUUUGCAGUGGGUUAAUAAAUAUUGCCUAAAUUCAGAGUUUUAUAUGUUUGUUGAUGAUGAUUACUAUGUAUCAACUAAAAAUGUAUUACGCUUUUUAAGGCACCCUAAAAAAUAUCCUGAUUACGUAAAGGAAUUAUUUGUACAAGUACCUACAUUUUUAAGAACUAAACGAGAACUUUCUAAUUACGAAGAAAAUAUUUCAAGACUAUAUGCUGGUUAUGUAUUUCAGUCUUCUCCUCACAGACACUUUACAAGUAAAUGGUAUGUCUCAUUAGAAGAAUAUCCUUACCAUAAGUGGCCCCCUUAUGUAACUGCAGGGGCCUAUGUAUUAUCUAAACAUGCCUUGAUUGAUAUGUAUUAUACUAGUUUUUAUACCAAACACUUUAGAUUUGAUGAUAUAUACAUCGGACUUCUAGCUUAUAAAGCUAAAAUUGAGCCAUUAAACUGUGAUGAAUUCCAUUUUUAUAAACUUCAUUAUAAUAAAUUAAAUUUUAAGUAUGUUAUUGCAUCGCAUGGAUAUGGAGAUCCUCAAGAAUUAUUGCAAAUUUGGACUGAACAAAAGAGCUUAGGAAAUGCUUAAUACAAUUUGGAAGUUAUUUAUAUUUUUAUUUUAAAUGUUCCUUGGUAUUUGUUUACCAAAAAAGUCAGGUUGAUAUAGUUGGUGUAAUUGAUUUUUUUUCACCAUGUUUCCUUAAUUAUGUAUUAUUUUAUUGAAUACAAUAAUUAUGUAUGUCAUUUACAGUAUUGUUCAUUUUUUCAAAUUUCUUGACUGAAUGCUAUUUCAAAUAGUACAAAAUAAAGAUAUUUAUUAUUGCAUUAAUCUGCAACUUUUGUGUUUCAUUUUAUUUAUUGUGUACAUUCCAUUAAUUUAAAUACAUUCAUAAAAUAAAAUAGAACUUUGAUAUGUGAGGAAUACAAUAGGCUUGCAUAAAAGCAAACAAUGCCUUAUUUUUAGCACCGGUUCUUGCAAAGUUUUCAGGAAAUGACAAAAUUUAGGAAGGAGAAUCCACUUUUUUUUAUAAAAUUUUCG